AUGACUGCAACACACUUCUGCCACCACAACAGCAACCUCCUCAUCCAGCAGCAGCAGCAGCAGCAACUGCAGCAGCAGCAGCAGCAGCAACUGCAGCAGCAGCAGCGCUUCUACUGGGCAAAGACAGAAAAAGCUGCUGCCUAUGAUUCGCAGCAAAUCGCAACUUGGAGAGAAAAUUUUCCUUCCCUUAAAGAAUUCAGUGACGAAGAUUUAUUAGAAUGGCGUCGUGUAUUUGAUUCAUUUGAUACGGAUGGAGAUGGAAGACUCAGCAGAGCUGAUCUACAAAAAAGAGCUGAAUUCUCUCUUGAUAAAGUACAAAAAAUCGAACAGUAUGAUAAGGAUAAGAACAACUUGAUUGACUUUGGAGAGUUUGUGGAGGCGCUCUAUGAGGCAAGCAGCUAA